AAGUAUUGGAUAAUACAAGGAUAAAGAGUUCAUGAACAAUGAUAUCAAAUUGAUCACAAAUGUACACCGAUGCUGCUCUGAAACCAACAAAUUGGAGGUGUGCAAGGAAUCCAAUUCAGAGGGGCUGUGUGCCUUUGGAGCUCUUUCCCUCAAAGGAAUCUUUGAAUGUUUUUAAUACAGAGAGAUAAGGAAAUGGAGGAGGCAUUUGGACUGCUGUUCCAGGAAUUCAGAAGGUUGAAAAUGGUGUGCGCGAGGCAGGCAGAGCUCAUUAAAGAGCUGACUGAGAAGAGGGAAAUAACUGCGGAUAUGCCCUUCACUGUGCCAAUACAAUGCACUGACGCUGGAAAACCUGACCAAUCUGAAGGACCCUUCCUCAGACCUCAACAGAAGGAAAUUCUCCAGGGAGCUGUCUGCAAUGCACUAGCUGAUUGUCAAGAAGUUAUGGGGGACACAAGCCAGGACAAAGGGCCUGAGUACUGCCCCAAUCUUGACAUCAAACCUCCUCCCUUCAACAAUGAUUAUGACUUUUUAAUGAAUGAAGCAGUAAAAUCAACUCACCUGAAAACUGCCGAACUGUUGGAACCUGCAACUGGAGAAAGUGCUCAAGCAUCUGCCAGUAACUUGUAUGAUGACUACAGAAACGCCUUUAGCUUUGAGGCAAUCAGGAGUGCAUCAGAACAGCCAACUACAAAUAUUCCUGACCCCUUCAUGAACGGACGAGUGGUGCUUUCAGGAUCGGACUACCCCUUUGGGGAAAAGGAACACUCUGAAACUUUAAAUGUUCCUGUUCCAGGGAGCUUGGACUCAGAUGGCAUUUAUCAUUCCACAGAAUGCGUGUCUGUUAUACCAUCUUCUCCGGAGAUGAGUACGUCACAACAGAGCCGAUGGAGCCCCUGCCAUUCGCCCGAAGAUUGCUGUGCGGAACAUGAAACCAUACUGAACUCUGAAUCAAGCCUCAAUUCCCAAGUCUGUGAAUUCUGCCAGGCUGUGUUCCCAGCUGGUGCAGCAACCCGAGAUGAUUACUUGUUGCACCUCACUGGACAUAUUGAAUGUGAUUAACUUCUGUUCCUAUUUUUGGGGCAUCUUAUACAUGACAACUCACCAUUGCAAGGGAAGUGAAGAGUGCAGAACGGCUGGCUACUACUAUCAGCCAUAAUUGUACUUAUGCUCUAAAUGGCAAAGGUGUUUGCCCUAAAGGUGUGCAAUGGUAGGGACGAAGGAUGCUCAGACUGAACAUAAAGCAUGGGCAGAUGGGACUGGAGAUGAGGUGAGAGGUAAUUAAACUAAUGUGAGAAGAACAGAGUUUGCUUCACAGAAGACCACUUUAUGCUCUUAUGCAGUGCAGGGAACAGAUGGCUGGAAGUUUGAACAACACACAGCAGGAAGGUGUGACAGGCAGUGACUCACCAGGGACGGGCUCACGUUACACUGUCAACAGGAGAGCAGUUUUGUUGUUUCAGAUAGAUAACCUGGAGACAUGUUAAAUGAACCAGUGUAUUUCAUUUGACCUCCACUGCAUUAAUAUUAUAUAUUACCAUGUCGACUACUUAGAUCAGAGAA